CUCUAGCUCCUCCGGAGCUGCGAGAUCAGCUGAGCCUUGGUGUCACGUGGGCUGUGUGUCGAAGGUCACAGCGCUCACAAUGGAGCUGUCGGAGUAUGUGCAGAGCGGUUUGCAGGUCCUAGCCGAUUCUGGCUGCUUUUCUCCUAGAGCCUACACGGUUCUGCUCCAGACGGCUUUCCAGAGCCUGCUCAACACCCAGGCGGACCAGGUAGCUUUAGAUCACCCAGAGUUGAAACAUAUUGACCCAAUAGUAUUAAAACAUUGUCAUGCAGCAGCUGCAACUUGUAUACUGGAGGCUGGAAAACACAAAGCCGACAAAUCCGCGAUAAGCACAUAUCUAGAAGACUGUAAAUUUGAUAGAGAGAGAAUAGAACAAUUUUUCACCGAAUAUCAGAAAAACAAAGCUACGUUGGAAAUCAUAUUGGGAAGCAUAGGCAGAUGUCCUCUGCACAUAACCGAUGUUUCUUGGCGCCUGGAAUAUCAGAUCAAGACCAACCAACUUCAUAAAGCUUACCGACCUGCCUAUUUGGUGACCUUAAAUGUGGAGAACAACGACUCAAGAUCACACCCUGACGUUAGUUUUAGUUGCACUAUGGAGCAAUUACAGGAUUUAGUUGGAAAACUAAAAGAUGCAGCAAAAAGCCUAGAAAGAGCAUCUCAGAUGUGAUUGUCAAUUUCCUUCGAUCUACCGGCUUCAAGAGGAAGAAAAGUUCACUGAGUCUUAACAGUUUCUUCGUGGGGAACAUGAUGAAUCAAUUUUCUUUUUAAAUACCAUGUAGUUACAGACUCUUAGACUUAUUACUUAUCAGCUAUUGAAUCUGAAAAAUCUCUUCUAGUAGCUGUAUCUCUUCUGUAACUACUAUUUACCUAUGGUCAAAUGUAUGUUCUUUGUAAAAGUCCUGUUUUUCUCAUUACAACUAUUCUUAGGUUAGAUGUCAGAUAAUUGGUUUGUCUUUAAAAUAUUCACUUUCUUUUACUAUGUGCAUCUGAAAUUUUUUCUGAUUUUCAUGUAUAAUAAAAUGGAUUAAUUUCUUCUCUCUA